AUGCAAUCUAUUGAAGAAUUUCCUUUUCCCUUUUCUCCAUAUUUAAUACAAAACCAGUUUAUGAAAGAAUUAUAUAAAUGUUUAGAAAAUGCUAAAUUAGGUAUAUUUGAAAGUCCAACUGGUACUGGUAAAUCUAUGUCUAUUAUUUGUGGUGCUCUAAAAUGGUUACUUGAUUAUGAAGAACAACAAAAAAAUCAAUUAACAACUGCAAUUUCUGAACUUGAUCAACAAAUUAAACAAUAUAAUGAUUCUUCUAUUAAUUGGUUUUUUGUACAAAGUCAACAAAUAGAAUUAAAUAAUAAACGACAAAUAUUACAAACAAAAUUAAACAAUAUCUUUCAAUAUGAGCAAAGAAAGAAUACAUUAAAAGAGAUAAUUAGAAAUAUAAAUAAUAAGAAAAAAAAUUCAUAUAAAAAUAUGAUAAAUUCUAUAAAAAAAAAAGAUGAAACAGAUAAUUCAAUUGAUAAAAACAAUGAAAAUGAAAAAAUUGAAGAAUUACUUUUAGAAGAUAUGCAAUAUUUAGAAAAUUCUGAAGAUGAAGACAAAGAAGAAGUUUAUGAAAAUACAAAAAUUUUCUUUUGUUCUAGAACUCAUUCUCAGUUAUCUCAAUUUAUAGGAGAACUCAAAAAGAGUCCUUAUUCAAAAAAUGUAUCUGUAGUAACAUUAACAUCUAGGCAAAAUUAUUGUAUUAAUAAAAAUGUAAAAAAAUUGAAACAUUUGAAUUUAAUUAAUGAAUGUUGUUUACAAUUACAAAGAAAAAAGACAACUGUUAAAGAUGAAAAAGAUCUUAAAAGAAGAAAGAUAGCAACUAGUUGUCCCUUUAUACCAGGAAAUCAAGAUCUACUUUUAGGUGAAAUUUUAAUACAGAUUCAAGAUAUUGAAGAAAUUGUUCAAAAAGGAGAAAGUCUUAAAACUUGUACAUAUUAUGCAUCAAGAAAAGCUAUUCCAUAUAGCCAAUUAAUAUUAGUACCAUACAAUUCUAUAUUACAUAAAAAUACUAGAAUUAGUUCAGGAAUCAAUUUGAAAGGCAAUGUAUUAAUAAUUGAUGAAGCUCAUAAUUUACUUGAGGCUAUUGAAAAAAUGCAUAGUGUAGUAAUUACAGGUAGAAAUCUAUUGCAUUGUUAUAACCAACUCUGUCAAUAUCAAAAAAGAUUUCAAAAUUUAUUCUCAGCCAAAAAUGUUUUAAGCUUAUCUCAAUUAAACUUUUGUUUGAAAAAACUUUUAACAGUUUUGGGAGCUACCAUAAAAUCAAAUCCUGAUGAUUUUAUAGAUGUAAAAAUAUCUCCAAAACUAUAUAAAAUAGAAGAAAUAAUGACAGAAAUUGAUACAGUAAAUAUAUUUGAAUUGUUGAAGUUUAUUAAAAAUUCUCAAUUAUGUCAUAAAUUACAACAAUUCAUAGAACAAUAUGAUACAAAUUUAAAAAUUCAUGAUUAUAAUACAAAACCAUGUGGUAUAAAGCAAUUUUUAAAUUCAAUUAAAACUAAAGAUAUAGAGUCUGAUGUAAUGACAAACAUCGAAUCAAAUGAAGAACAAUCAAAUAAUCCAAUAAUAGCAAUUGUAAAUUUUUUAGAAUGUUUACAAAGCUGUUCUACUGAUGGACGCAUAUCUGUUAUUCCUGGUCCAACUGUUGGACAAAGUAUUAUGAAAUUUCUUUUAUUAAAUCCAGCAGCACAUUUUCAUGAUAUUGUUCGAGAUGCUAGAGCUAUAAUAUUAGCUGGAGGAACAAUGGCACCAAUGAAUGAAUUUAUAGAACAAUUAUUUAUUGCAGCAGGUGCUGCACCUGAAAGAAUUGUUACAUUUUCAUGUGAUCAUAUAAUUCCUAAAGAAAAUAUAAUAUGCAAUAUUAUAUCUCAUGGUCCAACUGGUAUUGAAUUUGAAUUUAAUUUUCAAAAUCGAGAAAAUACAAAAUUGUUGGAUGAAUUAGGGAGAACAUUACUCAAUUUAAGUAAUAUCAUACCAGCUGGUAUUGUAGUAUUUUUACCCUCCUAUAAUUUUGAAGAACUUGUAUACAAACAUUUAGAAAAAUCUGGUAUUAUUGCAAAACUUUCUUUAAAGAAACAUAUUUUUCGAGAACCAAAAUUAGCUUCUCAGGUAAAUAAAAUUUUGGAACAAUAUUCAUUUUAUAUAAAACAACCACAAAAUUCACAAAAUGGAUCAUUAUUAUUUAGUGUGGUUGGAGGUAAAUUAAGUGAAGGAUUAAACUUUUCUGAUGAUUUAGGAAGAUGUAUUAUAGUUGUAGGAAUGCCUUAUCCUAAUAUCAAAUCAUUAGAGUUACAAGAGAAAAUGAAAUAUUUAAAUGAAAAUAUUACACCAGAUGCUGGCCAAAAUUUCUAUGAAAAUUCAUGCAUGAAAGCAGUAAACCAAUGUAUUGGAAGAGCUAUUCGACAUAUUAAUGAUUAUUCAACAGUAAUAUUAUUAGAUAAACGAUAUAUUCAUAAAACUAAAAUAUUGCCACAUUGGAUUCAACGUACAUUAAUGAUUCACAAAACUUUUGGUAGCAUGAUUGGCAUUUUAGCUAAAUUUUUUAAUAAGAAGAAAAUUAACUUUGAUAAAAAAAAUGACGAAUAAAAAUAUAAUAAUAAAUACAUAACAUAAAUAAUAUAUUUUAUAUAUUAAUAUUACAUUUUAGAAAAAACUU